AUGGCACCCCGCACUCUCCUCACCGCUAUGCGCCCACUUCGCAGCCCAAUGAUCGUCUCCACACGGCGCGCAUUCGCAACCACACCGCGCAUGGCAAUCAAAGAAGACGCCGACCGCACCCCGGAACAAGUCGAACAAGCAAAGCAAGAACAACUCAGGGAACAAGAACAAGGCAAGGGACGAUGGCGCGAAGACCUUGCUAGCCACGGCGAAAGCAACAUCGCUGCCGACAAGCAAAAGGUCCACGACCAUGACCAACACAUGAAGGAGCUGCAACAAGAGGGCAAGGAAAAGAGCGAAAAGGGCGAGAUGUAG